AUUUCUUGGCUAUCCACGGCUUUGGUUGCCAGACGUCCCAAUCUGAGCGGGACUGUUCCGGGAGCAGCAGCCCGAUCUCGAGUCCCACACUGCUGUAUAAAAUCCUGGCGAACUAGCCGCCGUCUUUUUUUUUUUUUGGCCCGUAUACGAGCCAAUCAAAAAAUCGCAAAACGGAGCUGCUUCUGUUGAAUGUGGACUGCCUGAUCAAUCGAUAAACACUGAGCUUCUUAUGUUUAAUGCGGAACUAAAGGUGUUCCGCAUUAAAGACUUUUUUGGGGGUCCCCACCUACCGGAUAAGAAAUCUGGCAUUCUUCCCUUUCUAUGCACAUCCGCGUAUUUAAGAAAGGAUUAUACGCUUCUCUUUUUAGGCAUAACUUUGUGUUUAUGUGCUAUAUCUAACAUCAGCAACCUAAUAAAUCUUGAAACCCCCAAGGGCUUUUGAUAGCCCGAAUAAAAGCUGAAUUCCAAUUAAAGAAAAACAUGGACCAAAUGAAGAAUACUGUUGGAAAGGCAAGGGCAGCUUUCAAUUCAAGGAAGGCUUGUUCUUUGGAAUUCAGAAAGCAACAACUGCAAGCACUGCGACGUUUAUUGACUGAAAAUGAGGACCGUAUAGCAGAUGCUCUCCAUAAAGACUUGAAUAAGAACAAACUCGACACACAGGUCUUUGAGAUAAUGGGCCUUGAGGGUGAAAUAGCAUUGCUAUUGGAAAAGCUUACAGAGUGGGCAGCCCCUAGGCCUGUGGAGCGGAACUUAUUAACAUUAAUGGAUGAAGUUUACAUUCAGCCAGAGCCCCUUGGAGUUGUGCUGAUCAUUGGAGCAUGGAAUUACCCAUUUCUCAUUUCGUUGCAACCUUUACUUGGUGCAAUUGCAGCAGGGAAUGCAGUGGUGCUAAAACCAUCUGAAGUCAGUGAGAACAGUGCAGCACUUAUUAAGGAACUGAUUCCCAAGUAUCUGGACAAGGACCUGUACCAGGUUGUCUGUGGGGGAGUAGCAGAGACAACAGAACUGCUAAAGGAGAAGUUUGACCAUAUCAUGUACACUGGAAAUUCUACUGUUGGAAAGAUAGUUAUGGAGGCUGCUGCCAAGCAUCUAACCCCAGUCACACUGGAGUUGGGAGGGAAAAGCCCAUGCUACAUUGAUAAGAAUGUCGAUAUUGACACUGUAUGUAGACGUAUAGCUUGGGGGAAGUUUACAAACUGUGGACAGACCUGCAUUGCUCCUGAUUACAUCCUCUGUGACAAAUCAAUUCAUGAGAAGGUGAUAGAAAGGCUCAAAGAAACUAUUAAGGAAUUCUAUGGAGAAGAUCCCAAGAAGUCUCCAGACUACUGCCGCAUCAUCAAUACUCACCACUUUAAGAGAAUCUUGUCUCUGUUGGAAGGAUCAAAGGUGACCUACGGAGGGCAGUAUGAUGAAGCUUCCUGCUACAUAGCCCCUACCAUACUGACUGAUGUGAGUCCUACUUCAAAGGUAAUGAAAGAAGAGAUCUUUGGACCCCUGCUUCCAAUCUUGACUGUGAACAAUGUGGAUGAGGCAAUACAGUUUAUUAAUCAGCGAGAUAAACCUUUAGCCCUUUAUGCCUUCUGUCAUGACAAAAAGGUGUUGAAGAAAAUUGUAGCUGAGACAUCCAGUGGUGGAGUUACAGCUAAUGAUACCAUGAUACACUUCACUAUCUCUACUUUGCCGUUUGGAGGAGUGGGUAACAGUGGGAUGGGAGCCUAUCAUGGCAAGUUUUCAUUUGACACCUUUUCUCAUCAUCGUGCCUGUCUUAUUAAAUCUCUAAAAAUGGAGACAGUAAACAAGGUUCGGUAUCCACCUGGCAGCCCAGAAAAGGUAAAAUGGAUAAAACGUCUAAUUACGAAACAAGUCAACUUUGGCAAACUUGGCCUGGUAUUCAUUGGCUUGCUUGGAGCACUUCUGGCAGUCCUAAUGAAGAAUGGUCGCAUGCAGCUGAGAAGAAAUAUGUUUUUGCUGAUAUGUGCAGUUCAGAAUCUAAGCAGGAAGUGAAUAAGGAAUUUUGACCCCCCCCCAGGAACGCACAAAGGUGCUGCUUCUUCACUAGUCCGGAGAGAAGUAAAGAUUUAACUUCAGUUUACAUUGCUGUCUUGUAUCAAAUUAUUUACCAGCUGCUGACAUGGAUAAGGAGACCACAGAAUUAAACUUGUGACAUUUAGAUUAGCUAUAACAUGAGCUGUGCAAAAAUCUUAGGUAUGUCUGUGAAAGGAACGUUUGUGGAAGGUCUGGGACAAUAAUAACCACUAUGAUUAGAAAAAAAAAUAACCACUAUGAUCUUAACAUUCCUUAUAGCUCUAUAAUGAACUUGCAGUUUUAAGUGGUUAGUUUUAGUGAUAGUGACUUAAUUAUUGUGACGAGCCAUUAUACCUGACAGAUUUGACCAAGACAUUUGAUUAUGGUCUUGAGAUGAAAUGCAUUUUAACUAUAUACAGUUCUCUUAAGUGUAUGACUAUCAAAACAUUGUUGUCCAUUUCAGUAAAGAUGGGCAGUUAAAAUUA